AUGUAUAUGUUUGAAAUUUUUUCUAUUCUUUUUUGGCGCAUCAUGAAAAACGCUAAUCUAAAACGCGUUUGCUCAAUAGUAGUAGACGCAUCUUCUAAAACAAAUUUAAAAACAAGCAAGAGAGUUAGCCAUCCCAUCCUGACCGGCAUCAUUAAAUUUUCAACGAUGGAUAACGUUUUGGAGGUUUUAUCGUCGUUGACUUCAAAAAAGAGAGUUACAACCUAUAAGAAAAUUGCCAGUCCCAUUCCAGAUGGGGACGAUGAUGUUGAUGGUGAUUUAUUAUCUAAUAACAUGGGCGCUCCACCAGCGUUGACUGGGAACGGGUUCCUGUUUGGCAAUGCUACCUUAAAUCGUGUUAAGAACAGACUAGAGGGCAUAGAUGUGCCCGAAGACGAUCGGCAGAUCAAAGACAAUGAGAACGAGGACGCUGUAUCGACUCAAUUGAUUGCCAAUCUCUAUGACGGUGGUGAAGAUUUAGAGGAAACUAAAAGUAUGGGGGAUAAUGCCAGUCUGAAGGAUGGUAUCGCCGCAUUCACACAAACCCAAAGAAUACCCGUCAGCAUUCAAUCAGAAAAUGUGGUUGACGUGCCUAUUCACUCCAUCAAUCAGGGAAAAUCUGCCCGAAUAAUCAGAGACGAUGGCUUUUUUAGCACAGCUGCACAAACCCAGAAAAUUAUCCCUGCAACGGCAAGAAUAAUACCAGUCGCCACACAACGUAUUCAUAGUCGCGACACAGCCUCACAGACUCAGCAAGUCCCGUUUACAAAACCCAUUGAACCGCAAACUCAAAUCAUUGGAACUACGGCGAAUGACUCAGACACCCAACCGCUAAGGAUUCCAGUAUUAACCGCUGAAGCAAGUCUUCUAUUCCAAACUACGCCAGACUGUGUUCCUACGAUUCGAAUGGAUCCACCAUCUCAAAUAGAGCAUGAUAAAUAUAAAACUCAGUUAGAUACUAUGACACAGACUGCGCAUGAUGAGGGUAAAACCCAAGUAGAUACCAUGCCACAGACUAUUCAUGAUGAUGUGUCGCACACUUUGAAGAUUCGUGAAUUGCAGAGCGAAUUGGCCCUAGAAGAUUCUAAAAGGGAAAAAGCUCGGAACGUCGAGUACAAGAAAUCACGAAGAAACAUACCAACGAUGAUAAAUUUUUCGAAAGAGUCCUUCCUUGCCGAUUUUGACAACUCAUCCUCGGAUGAGGGUACUGAUGUGCAAUUGGAAAAAUCGCAACUAAAACAACAGCAAGAUGACAAUGAAGUGCACGAAAACAAACCAUCCGAACCGAAUUCAGUUAAAAAUUCGAGAGAAAGCUACAAAAAUGUACCACUACUAAGUUCUUAUGCUAAUAACUUGAAACGGGAAAUCGACUCAUCAAAAUGUAUCAUUUUGGAUCUCGAUAGUGACAGUGACGAUGACGGGGAUGAUUAUAUGGGUGGUAAUAUGUCAAUUAAAGAUGAAAGUGCUUUACCAAUUUCUCGGUUGUCAAAGGCAGCAAUAUUGAAUUUGAAGGCAAGACUAUCAAAACAAAGUCAAAAUUUAACUCAAAUGCCUAAUAAAAAUAAGGGUGCUAAGGUAGAUCAUAAUAAAUUGUUCAAUAUAUUAAGAAAGGCUAGUAGGAAACAAAUUCUGGAUCAUCAAAGGGAAGUUAUUGAAACAAAAGGCUUUAAGUUGGAAGAUAUGGCCAAGGAAAAGGAAAUUGUGGAGAACUUGCUAGAACAAGAAAUCCUUAGAAAUAGAAGAAUUAGACAAAAGGAGAAGGAAAAGGAAAAACUGGAAAACAAGGAUUCCGGUAGUGAUUCAGGAUCAGAGUCUUCCAAAUUUGAAAUGAGUGACAAUGAAAUAGCUAAUUACGAACUAUCUAGUAGUGAAAGUGAAAAAAAUAAGAAUUCUGAUGAUGAGCAAGAGGAAGAAGAAGAGGAAGAGGAAGAUAUUGUCCUGAAUAAAAAGAAAUCUUACCACGUAAAACACGUCAUAAACGAAUCAGACUCUGAAAUUGAAACUGAACAAAAAAUGAAAGUCAGCAAAAAAUUCGAUGCCACGCCGAAAAGAAACGCCAUUGAUUUGGGUCACUAUGGUGAUAACAUUGACGAGGAGGCUAGUAACUCAUUCGAAGAAGCUACCACUUUAAAUACGCAAAAAAUUGACAAUAUUAUCAUUAAAACACAUACAAUAGAAAAUAGAGAGGAAGAAGAAGUGGAAAAUGAUAGCAUCGACGAGGAAGUUAGUGAAGCAAUUCGUCGUGAAUUAAUUGAUAAGAAAAAGUCACAACUGAGACAAAAAGAAAAAAAGCAUGUUGCUGAAUUGAAAGAGUUUAAGAGCAAAGGUAUUACAAACUUUUUUGAAAUGGAAGCCGAAGAAUCUGAGGACGAAUGGCAUGGUGUCGGUGGUGCAGAUGGUGAAGGGUCUGAAGAAUAUGAUUCUGAAGUAGAAAAAAUGAUUGAUGAUUAUUCCAAGAACAGCUUCAAUUCACAUGAAAUUAGAGAAAUGCUGGCUGCAGAAAAUAAGGAAAUGGAUGUAAAAAUGAUAAAUAGAAUCCUUUACGACAUCAAGAAUGGGGGGUUCCGUAACAAAAGGGCGAAAAACAGCUUAGAGCUCGAGCUAAGUGAUGAUGAAGACGACGUGUUACAACAAUACCGUCUCAAAAGAAGAGAAUUGAUGAGAAAAAGAAGGUUAGAAAUUGGUGACGAUACUAAACUGGUUAAGAACCCUAAAUCCAAGGCCUUUUUUGAAAGUAUGGUCGAAGAUAUUAUGGAAUUUAAAAAUCCAUUUAAGGCAGAAGAAGAAUCUCAUCAAGAUCUCACAAGCACUGCCACAGAUUUAGAUACCCAAGACAAUGACAGCAUACAAAUUGGUGAUAGUACGAGAAAUAAUGAACACAGACGUGUGGAUGACAGGAGUAAGAAAACCAUCAUAUCAGAGGACUUUGUGCAGAAAAGUCUCUCCUUUUUGAGAAGUAAUAAUUACGACGAAUUUGAAAUGGAUAAGGAAAGAGCAAGGAUACAACAUGACAUUGGUGAUGAAGGAGUUGAAGAUUUAUUUACUCUAAAACAACAUAGCUCCAUUAAAUCAUUCACGAACUCACCGACUGAUUCGUUGAGUUCGAAGAGAGUAAAUUCAAUGAUUGACUUAGAACAACCCACAGAAGACAACAAUGAAGUGGAAAAUGAGGAUCCAUCAUUAAUUGGUGGAUUCAAACAUCCGUCAAUAAUCAAAUCGUUUGCAUCCAGGACUGAUAUCAAUGAUAAGUUUAAAGAAGGUAACAAGACAGUCAAAAUUUCGAAGACUUACAAGACAGUAGGAAGUUCAAAGGCUUCUAUUACAUAUAUGGGUAAAACAAGAAAAUUAAUGGCACCCAAAAAGAAAGCUGAUAGGGAUCACCAUCAUAAUCAUCAUAGUAAAGCCUGGAAGACACAAAAAAGUAAACUUUUUGAAAGCGGACAAGAUAGUUUUGACAGUUAG